UCUUUUUAUUAGGAGCUAAUUAUGGAGUUCGAUUUGGGUGUAAUUUGAAUUAGAAUUUCAAAUUAGGUUUAUUUUUCUCUAAUUUUUUUUCUCUUUGGUUAGAUUAGGAUGUUUAUUUUCCAGCGUGAUGUUCAUUACUCAUUAGAAUUCUGGUCUUGAUUUUGUUGCUUCUAUCUUGAACUCAUGUUAAUAUUAAUGUUAUUUUGUUGGGUUUAGAGGGUAUGAUUUAGUAGAGGAGAUUGUUAAUAAAAUUUUAUAACUUUGUUGCUAUUUAUAGCUGAAUAAGUAUGGAGUUGUUUCUGUUUUGUCUGCGCUACCUGGUGCAACUUUUUUUGUAGGCUGUUGGGUAGUUUUUGCUUCUAGUUCCAGCCUUUUGGAAACAGGUUUGAGUUAGUUUGGUUUUGAUUGUAGUUCUGGUUUGUAGGAGCUUGAAGGGUAGUAAUCGACACUCAUAUGAUUAGCUCUGUUUUGUUGUUUCUGUUUCAAGUUUCCAAUAGAUUAGAGCCUUUUUCUGUGGCUUGUUUAUCUAUUUUGUUUGUGCAGCUUGUUCCUGCUUUUUCAGUGGCCUGUUAGCUAGUUAUUGGUUCUGGUUUCAGGCUUUUGGAAGUUGUUUUUGGUUCUGGUUUUAGGCUUUUGGUUGUGCAGCUUGUUACUGCUUUUUCCUGCACGCUUCUGCUUCUGCUUACCCCACCCCAGAAUGCAGAGAGUCCAGAUUAUGGAAUUUCUGCAAUUUCAGUCAGAUUUCCCGUAAACCCUCCCUUUUUCUCUCUCUCAUAAACCCUAAUCACCUGAUCUAGGGUUUUAUUUCCGUUCUCCUUCACCCUCCUUUGUUUAUCGCAAAUUUUAAUUUUUAACUGAAAAAUGGCUAAGCGUUUGACGCCAUUGUUGAACAGAGUUUUGGUGGAGAAGAUUGUUCCUCCUGCAAAGACUCACGCCGGCAUUUUACUCCCCGAGACCAGCAACAAGCUUAAUUCUGGAAAAGUUCUUGCUGUUGGACCUGGCCUUCGCGACAAGUCUGUGAAUCAUGUUCCUGUUGCUGUCAAAGAAGGGGAUAAUGUACUCCUGCCUGAAUAUGAAGGAACUACAGUGAAGCAUGGUGAAAAAGAGUUUUCACAACUCCAAGGGAGGGGCCCUUCACCAAAGAGGAGUUGGAUGAAGUUCGAGACAAGUGAGCUACUUACUUCAACGAUUGUGAAUUACCCUCAGUGUAAUAAUUAGAGCAGGCUUGUAGUUAUUCGUGACUCUUACAUUAUUUUGUUAUUUAUCGAUUUAAUUAAUUACAUUUGAAUUAAUUCGGAAAUAUUAUUGGAAAUUUGAAAUUUAUCAUUUUUGAGGUGAAACAGUAUUCUAUAAAUUAUAAUGCAGAAUUUUAUAUUGCGAAAUAUCA